AUGACUGAAGUUGAGGUUGUAUUUGAAAACAAGGGAUCAAACCAAACUACAGUUGAGAGUGAUUUUGAUAGCGACGAUGACCUACCUUUGUCUACCUUUCUUACGAAAAAACGACCAAAAUUAUCAAAACCAAAUUACUCUUGGAAAAAAGGUGACAUCAACCAAGAUUUUCCAGAAUGGGUAAACGCAACUGGUCCAAAAAAUUCUUUAUCUCCUUUAGAACUAUUUUUUCAGUUUAUAGAUGACGAAAUUAUUGACUUGGUUGUGAAAUAUUCCAAUAUAUAUGCUAUUCAGCAUAAUCGCCGAGGUGAUAUACAUUCCAGUGAAAUAAAAUGUUUCAUUGGUGUAUUACUGCUCUCUGGAUACAACUCAUUUCCUCGACGGUCAAUGUAUUGGGAAAAUAACAGUGACGCAGGAAAUGAGUUAGUCUAUUCGGCGCUUUCUCGAGAUCGCUUUAGCUUUAUAAUGCAGAAUUUGCACCUGAAUGAUAACAACAAUCUUGAAAAUACCGAUAAGUUUUCGAAACUGAGGCCCUUGUUUUCUACUCUGAAUGAGAAAUUUCAGUCAUUUGCACCCCUUGAAGAGUGCCAUAGCGUGGACGAGUCGAUGGUACCCUAUUACGGCGGUCAUGGAUCAAAACAGUUCAUCCAAGGAAAGCCCAUUCGUUGGGGUUAUAAGGUAUGGGUGGGAACAACUAAAAAGGGGUACAUUGAAUGGUUUGAGCCGUAUCAAGGGUCCACAACUAUUAUUUCUGAAAAAUAUCGUCCUCUUGGCUUAGGGGCUAGUGUUGUACUUCAGUUUGCUGAUAUUAUUCAGUCACAAUGUGAAAAAGCUCCUUUCCAUAUCUUUUGUGACAAUUUUUUUACGUCAUUACCUCUGUUGGCUGAGCUGACCUCCAGGGGGCUCAAAUGCACAGGAACUCUGCGAGAAAACAGACUAUCAGAUUGCCCUCUUGAAAAAUCCAGUAUGUUCAAGAAAAAAUCCCGUGGUAGUUUUGAUUAUCUUUUGGAGGAGAACCAAAAUAAUAUUGUAUGUAAAUGGAAUGACAAUAGUGUAGUUACAAUCGCCUCAAAUGUAACAUCUCCUUUUCCGACACAACAAGUCAAACGCUUCUCUCAGAAAGAAAAGAAAAUGAUACAUGUUGAGCAGCCAUGUUUGAUCAAACAAUACAAUGAAAACAUGGGCGGUGUUGAUAGGGCUGACCAAAAUAUAAGCCUUUACCGCGUAGGAAUCAGGGGAAAGAAGUGGUAUUUUUGCUUGUUUUCACAUGCUCUGGAUAUGGCAGAACAAAACGCAUGGCAACUUCAUAAACAUUCUGGCGGAAAAAUGGACCAUUUGCAGUUUAGGAGGUGUAUUGCUGCGGAAUUAUUAGAAACUUAUAAGAAAGAAACAAAACGGGGGCCAUCUAAACCAGGCAAAUACCUGCAUUAUGAGUCCAGAUAUGAUCGGAUGGAUCAUCUUGUGAAUUAUCAGGAAAAGCAAACCCGCUGCGCAUUUUGCCACAAACAAGCAGCAUUCAGAUGCCAGAAGUGUGAUGUUGCACUUCAUCCAAAAAUGUGUUUUUUAAGUUACCAUACUAAAAACUAA